UACCGAAAAAGGAGAAACUGAGAAUUUUGUGCUCAAAGUAGGAAAAUAGCUGCGUGACAGCUAAAACGGCAUCGAAAUGCUCUAGAUUAACAAAAGCCGUAUCCCGCCGGAAUCCAACCAAAAUCACAGAACUCGGAUAGCUACUUAUCUCUAAAAUGGCGGCCGCAAAUUUUGAAGCAGCUAUAUCUCUCAUUGACGAAGCGCAUUCCGAAGACCCUACCAUCGUGACCGUUAAUGGCAAGGAAAUUCCAUAUGAGCUACACUACGCGCAGAAGUCUACCCACUACCUUGCGCUCCGCGAACCAAACGCCUCGCCCGUUUUAAAAACAGCUGUCAGGGCACAGCAUUUUCGCAGAUGGGAGGUGCCCCGCACUACUUACCCCGCCACUAGAGUUGGCUAUUUUGCCUGGAGGACAUUUCUCAAGAAGCGUCAGGCGGAUCUUGCUUCGGAAAUUUGCACACGCUGUAAUUAUAGUGCUGAAGAGGCGGAGGCUGUGGCAGUACUUAUCCGCAAGGAGGAUAUGAAAAGCAAUGUCGAGUCGCAGAUUUUAGAGGACGUCGCUUGCCUGGUUUUUCUUGACGAUCAGUUUGAGAAGUUUGAGAAGGAGCAUGAUGAAGAGAAGAUUCUCAGUAUUUUGAAGAAGACUUGGGCUAAGAUGAGCGAAGGGGGUCAGAAGUUGGCGUUGGAGAUGGAAUUGAGUGAUAGAGUGAAGGAGUUGGUAGGAAAGGCGCUGAGUUGAAUAUAGUAUUGAACUACUCUAUGUCUCUAGCUUUCACGAUGCAUAAUGGGAAUCUCUAUGAACGAGG